AUAAAAAUAAAAAUAAACUCCGGGGUUUCCCCUCAAUUUGCUAGGGUUUACUUCAUCUGUUUACUAAGAAACCGGGAUCUUGAAUACAGCUAGUGCCUGUUCCUUUUAUUUUACUGAUCUAUUUUGUUUGCGGUGAUUUCAAUGGCUAUAAUCAAUCGAAGCAAAAGGGAAAUAGCAGAAUGCUAAAAUAAUAGUAUUGAAGACGACUGGAUCUGGUUCUUAUGCGAUGACUCCGGUGCUACUAUUCCCCGUUCUCUGCCAUUCUUUGGCUAUAUAGAAGCCUCCCCCGCAUCUGUAUAAAUUGAGCUAAGCCCUCCAUCUUCCCUUCCUCAGCUACCUCUCUUCACUUCCGCAGUCCCGCCCACUACACACACCACCAUGACCCAAGCCAAAGUCCUCCGUAUCGGCGUCGCGGGCGCAGGCCGUAUGGGCCAGAUCCACAUCCAGAACAUGCUCGAGAUCCGCCGACUAAAGGUCACCGCCGUCUGCUCCGUCCUCAAAUCCGAGCUCAAGUGGGCCGAGGAGACCAUCGGCGACGGCGUCAAGACCUUUGAAGACUACGACUCCUUCCUCGCCAGCGACCUCUUCGACGCCGUCUUGAUCGUCACUCCCUCUGGCUUCCACAAAGAGCAGGCUAUCAAGGCCAUGCGCGCCGGCAAGCACGUGUUUUGCGAGAAGCCGAUCGCGCCUGACGCCGCCAGCGCCUGGGAGGUUUACUACGAGUCUCUCAAGCAUCCGGAUCUUAAGGUUGCUUGUGGUUUCCCGCGCAGAUACGCGGCUCCCUACGUCGAGGCCCGCAAGCGCAUCGAGCGCGGAGACAUUGGCGACGUAGUCACCUUGCGGUCGCAGACGACUGACCCUUACCAACCCGGCGACUACAUCAUCAACUACAUCAAAACAUCAGGCGGCAUCUUUGUCGACGCCUGCAUCCACGACAUCGAUGCCUGUCUCUUCCUGCUCGGCGCCGAUAAAGUGCCUGAGACCGCCUACGCGACAGGCUCGGCGAACGUGUACCCCAUGUUCAAGGACUUUGGCGAUGUCGACGACGGCGUGGGACUCGUCACAUUCACAUCCGGGGACACCGUCAUGAGCGUCUACGGCUCGCGCAUCAACCGCCACGCGCACCACUCCAUGACCGAAGUUACCGGCACAAAGGGCAAGCUCGUGAUCAGCGGCCAACCGCGCCAGCUGCAGCUCGACAUCAGCGACGCGAACGGCACGCGCAUGGAGGGUCCGCAAUCGCAGAUGGAGCAGCUUGGACCUGCGUUCAAGCAAGAGAUCGAGGCGUUCCGCGACUGGAUCUUGGACGAUGUGAAGCCGAACUUCAAUCUCAAGGAUGCUGCGAAGGCCGUCUCGAUUGGGGCUGCACUCAUGGAGUCGCUCAGACAAAAGAGCAUCGCCAAGAUCGAGCUGCCUGCUACUGCCAACUAGAAGCAGCUUAGAUAGAUAGAGAGAGCAAGUGUACAAUAGAAAUUAAUACAAUUACGGUGAAAAUAAAUCAUU